AUGGGUGCAAAUCAGUCGAAAGGCGGUGACUCGGGCACUCGCACUCCCACAAAGUCUGGAUCCUCCUCGAACCUCGUUCCUGAUGGCCUCCAGCAAUACCCCUCCUUCAGCAAGUCUGACACGAAAGAGAGCACAUCACGUUCGAUUCGCUCGUCGAUCCGGUCAAAGAUGCGGUCGUCCUCUACCGAUGAUAAGACCGACAGCCCGAGAGCAAGUGGGUCAGCGCUGUCCGGCAUUGACGGCGCAGACAAGAGCGAAACGAGCUCUCUGAAGUCAUCCGCAUCUGUUCGACGUUCUGCGACAGCUCAGUCGCCGACGACGAUCGACGACGAAGAUGACGAAGCUCCGUCUCCAGGCACUGGUACCCCCGUCAGACCUCCGUCUCCGACACAGUCCAAGUCGAUGGGCAAAGGUCACAAGUCCCUAGACCGGGCGCAGCGCACUGGUGAAGUAGGUGCGGUGUCCGAUCAGGAACCCCAUCAGACUCACCACCACUCAGCCACGCAGAAAGCUGGCGAAUCGAUUCUGGUCAAACGAGAGAACCAGAUAAAUCCGCGCUCUCCGGAUACCAAAGCCUCGAUCCGCGCAAAAUUGGCCGAAGGCAUUCCAGGUGUAUCGCCUAGCAGCGCCAUGGCGUUGGGAGACGUGAACGAUCUAGAUCUGGACGACAUGAUCUCGCGGCUGCUCGACGCGGGAUACAGCACCAAGGUCACCAAAGCAGUCUGCCUCAAGAAUGCCGAGAUCACUGCUAUCUGCACGGCUGUUCGCGAGGUUCUCCUGUCGCAGCCUGCGCUAAUCGAGCUCAGUGCGCCGGUCAAGAUCGUGGGCGACAUCCAUGGCCAGUACAACGAUCUGAUACGAUUGUUUGAGAUGUGCGGCUUCCCUCCAGCGUCGAAUUUCCUGUUCCUCGGAGACUAUGUCGAUCGCGGCAAGCAAUCGCUCGAGACCAUUCUCCUGCUAUUCUGCUACAAGCUCAAGUACCCGGAGAACUUCUUCAUUCUGCGAGGCAAUCACGAGUGCGCCAAUGUCACGCGUGUGUACGGGUUUUACGACGAAUGCAAGCGAAGAUGCAAUAUCAAAGUAUGGAAGACGUUCAUCGACACCUUCAAUUGCCUACCGAUUGCGGCCAUCGUGGCAGAGAAGAUCUUCUGCGUUCAUGGCGGUCUCUCGCCGAGCCUAACACAUAUGGACGACAUCAGACAAAUUGCUCGACCAACGGACGUCCCAGACUAUGGUCUUCUGAAUGACUUGUUGUGGAGCGAUCCGGCCGACAUGGAUCAAGAUUGGGAAUCCAACGAGCGUGGCGUGAGUUAUUGCUUUGGCAAGAAGGUGAUCAUCGACUUCCUCUCACGCCACGACUUCGAUCUGUACUGCGGCGAGUUCGAUAACUGGGGUGCUGUCAUGUCGGUGUCAAGCAAUCUUUUGUGCAGUUUCGAGCUCUUGAAGCCGCUCGAUUCGAAUGCUUUGAAGAGUCACAUCAAAAAGGGUAGAAACGCUCGACAGAAUAUGCUCAACAGUCCGCCUGCUCAAGUGUCGGCUCAGAGUUUCUAG